AUGUACACUACUCUCCCACGUCCAGAUUUUGAUUUGUUUACUAUUCAGUUAUGGCAGGUUUGGAGUGGUAGAAAUAAGCUGCUUGUUGACCAAAUCAGAGAACCUGCAAAGGUAAUUAUCCAGCGCAGUUUGAGCAUCCAUGAUAGCCUCCAAAAUCUCAAUCCCCAGUCCGCUCCGCAGCCAGUUAGCUUAGUUUCAGCUUGGAAAAAACCGUGGUUAAACAGCUACAAGAUUAACACCGAUGCAGCUUUUGGGAAAGAUCUUUCUCCGGUCGGUUUAGGGGUGGUCAUCAGAAACUCUGAAGGGUAG